AUGGGCGAUGACUUUACCAUGAGCAAUCCGACCCAGCUCGAAGAACAUGCCGGUCCCUCAAUCCCUGGAUUAAGCCUCAUGAAGCCCAGCAUACCUAAGCGCCAGCCGGACCAGAGCGAGAAUGAAAUUCCGAGUGGAAGUGGCUUGCUCGAUACAUUGAUGCAGCAUGUGGACUCUCAAUCUGGGGUGCGAGGAUCCGCACUCUCCUCCGAGGAUAACACUGCUACCCGAGCAGCGUCGCUAGUAGCGGAGGAAGGUGUUUUGGAAGAAGGGCGCCGCACAUCAGACGCUGGUCAGACAGGGACAGGUGAUGUGACGAACAAUGAACACGAAUGCAGCUCUACGUCAGUGGUGGGAAUGGGAACUCCUGCUUCGACAGAAGAAAACGGCCGAUACAUAGCCAAUGGGCGACUCGUUGAGAAGCCUGAAGACAAAGUGGAUGGUAAAAUGGCAUUGCCGAAUACCAGCGUCGCCACUGUAAGAGAAGAAGAAUAUGCUGGCCUUACCGACACCUCCUCGCACGAACAAGACGCAAGCAGUGCUCCGGCUCCUAAAGCAGCGUCACCACGACACCCUACUCCCCCUACGGUUUCAACAACCUUGCUUGAUGACUCGCGGCAAGAGCCUACGGUGAAGGAUGAGGAGAGUGUGAAUGUUAAUGGUACUCACCAUGUAGGUCAGAAAGAGGAAUCACAAGAUCGUACAGCGUUGGAGGAACCACAAAACCAGAAUUCCACGGCUACUAGUUUAAAUGAAGUCCGUGUUGACGAAGAUGGAGGCUUCAUGGUAGAGAAAGCAAACUCCGGCGACGCUCUGAGCAGUUUUGGUGUACAUGACCAAACCGCUGAAGGGCUGGAUGAAAACAGGUCGCUGCCGAACGCCCGUCAAGAGGAGCAUGGAGCAAGUCAGACUGACGCUCCUGGCCCCAACGUUGAGGCAGAGAUACGAACUACGCAAGUAGAGACAAACGAAGCCGAACAGCGUGCUACUGAUGCGAUGACAACAGAGAAUGAACUAGGGAAGCAAGAAAACCGCUACUUGGAGAUAUCGACAGAGGCAGACACCCCUAUUGCGUCUCUGCGUGAACAGCUUCCAGCUAUCAGCAUUAUUGAGCAGCCUCAGAAUGACCAGGGCGGUCAAGACGCCGAGUGGGAGGCCGACUCUUCGCCUAUUGACUCGUCCUCUGACUCAGAUAGUACUUCCGAUACGACAUCUACAGAUGACAGCGACGAAGAUGACGUAGACGUGGAUGGGGAUUACGCCAUGCUCGACCCUGAAGAACAAGCACGCAUUCUAAUGCAGGGUGAUGGUGGAUCUGAUGACGAGGGCAACGCUAGAAGUGGUGCGAAAGGUGGGACGACGCACCUACGUACUGCGAAUGAAAAGCCCGAGGAAGUGGUCCCAAAACCGGACAUCCAGGUGACGGAGGAUAUGAGGAUUGAAGAGUUGGGUUGUGUGGAAGCCAUCGUGGAAAACGCCGUGCUCAUCAAGGCCAAAACCUCUGGUGAGUAUCGAGUGCUCGAAAGCAACUCGCUCUUAUGUCUCCAGAACAGAAGCGUGGUGGGUGUUGUGUCCGAAACACUCGGACGGGUGCAACAGCCGUUAUACACGAUCCGCUUCACAAAUGAAGAAGCCAUCAAAGAGGCUGGGCUUGGCUCGAAGAACACUCCAGUCUACUAUGUGGAACAGCAUUCGACAUUUGUUUUCACUCAGCCUUUGAGAGCAGUCAAGGGCAGCGAUGCCUCCAAUUUCCAUGAUGAAGAGGUGGGUGCGGAAGAAAUGGAAUUCUCAGAUGAUGAAGCAGAGGCAGAACACAAGCGCCGUUUGAAGCUGAAGAAGCAAAGCAGAAAGGACGAGAGGAACGAUCGGUCUGGAUAUGGAAGAGGCAAUCGCGGAGCCUCCAUGAAUGGGCACGCUCGAAGAACUUCGAGCGUCAACGGGGACACCGCCGCAGAGAUGAACUACGAUGACAUAUCACCAAUAGUUGAAGACGGCUACACCCCACUGGCUCGACCGACCAAUCUGCACGAGAUGAUGGGACGAGGCGAAGCACCUCUUGAAGGUCGACAGCCUGUGCCAUUUUCGGACAGAGGCUACGAUCGAGGAAGGGGUAGAGGUCGUGGCCGAGGUAAUCAAGGCCGAGGCGACCGAGGAAAUCGAGGCGACAGAAGUGGGCGCGGCCGAGUUGGACGGGGUCGACCCAACGACAAUCAGCCGCCGGACCGGAAAGGAUCCUUCUCCAACAGCCAACAGGCCUCUCCUACACGGAAAUCUGAAGCAAGCUCCUCUCCGAAAACGUCCGCACAUGGGAACCAGCACCAGCACCAGCACCAGCACCAGCAAUCCCCGCAACAACCUCAACCCCCAACCUUCGCCCUACCACCAAUUCCUCCACCAUCACAAUACCCCUAUCCACAAAUGCCACCGCAACCGCCACAUCCCCCAUUCUCCUACCAAAAGCCAACCCUACCCCACGCACCCACCAUCGCUCCACAAGCAUCUUCGUACUCAACAUUCUCCCCCUCACCCAUCUCCCCGCUCCCGCAGACCCACUUGAAUUUCAACCAUUACGCCACUCAGCACAACCAGCACCAUCCACCUGCGCAAGCUUAUCAUCCCUAUCAGCCGCAACAGCAGCAUCAACCACCGUAUCAAGACCAUAGCCAGCAAUGGCAGGGACCAUUCCACGGGGGCCAGCAAGGACAAGUGCAAGGACACGGCCAGGGUCAGCCACCGAUGCCACCACCGGGUUCGCACAUCAACCCGGCGUUUUUCGACGCGCUGAGACAGCAGAGAGGUGGUGGUGGUGGUGGUGGUGGUGGUGGUGCCGGUAAUUGGCAGGAUGGGAGAUGA